AUGGUGUUAGUUGAUCGAGAGGGUGAUAGGAUUCAUGCUUCUGUUGAUAAAGAAUUUGUCAAGACUUUUCGUAAGGAUUUGGUUGAAGGACAAGCAAUAUCUAUAAACACUUUUAAGAUCAUUCGUGUUGGUCAUGUUGAGAAUGUUGUGGCUCAAGGAAAGCGACGUUUUCGACUCAAAGUAUCUCUCAGAGACACAAGUGAUCUAAGUGAUCUACAGCUACAGUGUACUCUCUGGGGUGAUUAUGCGAAACAAGUGUCUGAUUAUGUUAAGCGUAACUCUGCAUCAGUUGUUUUGAUUUUGAUCAGACUUGCUUGCAUCAAAGAGUAUCGUGGUGAGGUUAGUGUUUCGAAUGCAUUCAAUACGACUCUCAUCUUGAUGGAUCCAGUUACAACAUACGCAACUAGAUUUCGAUCAGAGUUGCCAAAUGAUAGAUUUAUACUUACACCAGUCGAAGAGGAAGCUUCUAAGGAUUCUGAUGAGGUUUUGAUGGAGGAUUUUUUUGGUGAUAAUAUCUAUAGGAGAACGUUAGAUGGUGUUCACAAUGCCAGCAGAGGUUGGCAAGCACCAAUUUCUUUGUCAAGUUCUAUAGAAGAAUCCGAAAGUUCUCCUAUCUCGCCAGCUACUCCAGUCUCAAAAAGGACGAAUGCUGAUAUCAGUGGAGAUGUAAUGGGAUCCGUGUUGAAGAUGGGUGAUCUCUGUGAGAUCAACAGCGGUGCUUAUGAGGAUAAUGCAACAUAUGUUCGAUUCGAACUUCUUGAUGCAGGGAGAGAUUGUGUAUUGCCAUGUAUCGCCCGUGGGAAUUUGGCUAAGAAUCUGCAUAGUGUUUAUCAACGUAAUCAAAGUGAAUCAGUGGUGUUUGUGCUGAGGUUUUGGAAGAUGACUAAUGGUCAAGGUGUUGAUAAGAAUUCAGUUGUCCUGUGCUCUUACCCUCCUUGCUCUGAUUUUCUGUGUAAUCCUGUUGAUGACGAGAUUGACGAUUUCAGGGCUAAAAUGAAGCGCAAAGCUAGGUCUGAUGAUGCUGACUUCAUGGUUUCUUCAUCUGUAUCCAAAAAAAAUUGGAGUGCAAGAAACGAAAUAUAUGCCCCAACCAAAGCUGGUGAUAGUUACCAAACUGGUCGAGGGAUUGGUCAAUCCUACGUUGAUGAGAGAGAUUUAUCCUUGGAAGGUUGCCGUGCUGCGAGGAAGAGAAGAAAGAUUAUUAUGAGAGAUAAGAAAGCCUUAAAACAAGAUAUUGAUUCCUUGUUUGAUUCUUACAAUAGUGCCGAGUUUGCUUGCUUUAUAGCUACUGAUUCUGAUUCUGAAAGAGAAAACGAUGAAGAUAGCGAUUCAGAAGAGCAAUUGGCUGAUAUUGUCGUGCCACAAGGAGAGAAUACCGAUAUUUCUCCUAUUAAUAAAAAAAGUUCUACGUCGAGGAAAAGAAAAAGGGCAACCAAUAAUGGUGUUGCUACCGCAGAUGAACCAAUUGUUCGGACAGACAUAUUCUCAAUUGUAAAACCGGGAUUAGAUGUUAAGGGUUAUUAUGAUGAUGGUGAUCCUAUUUAUAUAUGUGAGUUUUGCAAAGCUUAUAUGUGGUAUGGAGAAAGGUUGGUGAAAAGGGCUACACGAGCUAAACCCAAGUUUUCAAAAUGCUGCAUGCAAGGCAAAGUUGUUCUUCCCUUGAUUAGGGCUCCACCACAAUCUCUAUUAUCGUAUUUAUACAAUGUUGGUGAUAAAAGGUCUCAUUUUCGUGACCAUAUCCGUGCAUAUAACAUGAUGUUUUCUUUUACUUCGCUUGGAGGAAAAGUUACCAACUCAAUCAACGAUGGAAAAGGGCCAUAUGUUUUCCAGCUAUGUGGUGAGAACUAUCACUCAAUAGAUGAUAUGAUACCGGCUCCUGGUGCAAAUCCAGCAUUCCUUCAGCUUUACAUACAUGACACCGCAAAUGAAACAUCCAACAGAAUUUCUGCAUAUGGGACGGUUGGUUCCACUUCAGCAUUAAGAGAAUUGGUUGUUAAAACACUUAAAAAAUGUUGGAUAGACAUAAUCGUCACGUCAAAGCUUUCAGGACGAACAUCAGAUGGACGUACUACUAAUUUUCCAACUGCAAAAGAAGUUGCUGCGUUGGUACCUAAUGAUUUCGAUGUUGGAAUCGAAACACGAGAUAUAGUUAUUGAAAGUAGGUCUGGAAGAUUGAAGAGAAUCAGUGAAUUGCAUCCUGCUUAUUUGCCUUUACAAUAUCCAUUGUUGUUUCCAUAUGGUGAAGAUGGAUUUAGACUUGGUAUAGAUAUUGGAUAUGUAGAUAAGAAGGGGAAGAAACGUUUGACGAUUACUAUGAGAGAGUUCUUUGCUUUUCGGUUUCAAGAGAGGUUUGGAGAAUCUCCAACAAUUGUAAUGUCCGGAAGAUUGUACCAACAGUUUUUGGUUGACGCGUUCACGAUGAUCGAGACGAAUAGACUUCGCUUCAUAUCAAUGAAUCAACAAAAACUUCGAUCCGAGACUUUCGAUAGUAUAAAGGAUGCCGCUGAUAAAGGAAAUUCUGAUCUUUCUGAGAAAGCAAUAUAUACAAUAGAGUUCCAGAAGAGAGGACUUCCUCAUGCUCAUAUCGUUCUUUUUUUGAGGCCCGAAGACAAACUACCAACUGGUGAUGAUAUCGACAAGAUUAUAUGUGCUGAGAUUCCUGAUAAGGAAACUGAUCCUCAUCUAUAUGAAAUUAUUGGUGAUGUGAUGAUGCACGGACCAUGUGGUGCUUUGGAUAGGGAUAGUGUUUGUAUGGCUGAUGGUAGAUGUACCAAAUUUUUUCCAAAGGCAUUUAGUCCUGUUACUAAAGUUGAAGAUGUUGGAUACCCGAUAUACAGGAGACGUGAAGACAAGAGAUUUGUAACGAGGAAAGGAUUCAAUUGUGACAUUGGUUAUGUGGUUCCGUAUAACAGAGAACUUUCUAUUCGAUAUCGAGCUCAUAUUAAUGUGGAAUGGUGUAUACAAUCGCGUUCUGUCAAGUAUCUUUUUAAAUAUAUUCAUAAAGGAGCUGAUUAUGUUCGCGCAGUAGUAGGCAAAGAUGACGAAGAUGAUGAAGUUAAGAAGCAUUUCAACUGUAGGUAUAUAUCACCUGGCGAGUCUAUAUGGAGGAUCGAGGGUUAUGAUACACAUAGUCGUACAGUUUCUGUGACAAAACUCCCGUUUCAUCUGCCGAAUCAGCAAUUAAUUAUAUACAAUGAAGAUGAUCCUGCUGAAGAAGUGGUUGAACGUGCUACCGUUGGUAUGUCCAAAUUCAUGGCUUGGAUGGAAUGUACUAAAGAGUAUGAAGAAGGAGAGGCUUAUUAUUUGAGGCUCUUGCUCAAUAUAGUUAUAGGUCCAACGUGUUUCGAAGAUAUAAGAACGGUUAAAGGGCAUCAUUAUGAUACAUUCAAAGAAGUUUGCUUUGUCCUUGGGUUACUCGAUGACGACAAAGAAUACAUUGAGGCUAUAAAAGAUGCAAGUUUAUGGGUUAGUGCAAUAACUAUGCGUAGGUUGUUUGUAGUUGCCGACUACAAGAAGUGUUUCUAUGCCUUCGAGAAUCUUAGGCUGUCUACUGAGCAGGUUAAAAACCUUUGCUUAGCUGAGAUAGAGAUGCUUCUGCGUACUGCUGGAAGUUCUCUUACAGAUUUUUCAUGUAUGCCGUAUCCAGAUGAUUUGGAUAUGACUAUACGCGGUAAUCCUCUUAUUCGUGAUGACAAAAGUUAUGAUCGAGAUUAUUUGCGAGUUAGACAUGAUGAGUUGUUUGCCACGAUAACUGAUGAACAACGACUUAUCUAUGAUGAGAUUCUAGAAGCUGUUUAUUCAGGCUCUGGCGGAAGGUUUUUUGUUUAUGGUUCUGGUGGUACCGGAAAAACGUAUCUAUGGAGCUUAUUAGGAGCCGCGUUACGUUUAAAAGGUGAUAUUGUUCUGAAUGUUGCAUCAAGUGGAAUUGCUGCUUUGUUAUUGCAAGGAGGUCGAACGGCCCAUUCGAGAUUUGCAAUUCCAAUUGUUGUUAAUCGUUUUACGACGUGUGCAAUCAAAUCUCAAUCAAACCUUGCAGAACUGAUCGAUGCAUCUAAACUGAUAAUAUGGGAUGAAGCAUUAAUGAUGAGUAGGGAUUGUUACGAGACAUUGGAUAGAACCUUGAGAGAUAUAUUAAAAUGUGACAAGCCUUUUGGUGGUAAAGUUAUCGUUUUUGGUGGAGAUUUCAGGCAAAUUUUUCUUGUUAUUCCAAACGCAGGCAAAACAGAGAUUCUUAUGGCUACUUUAAAUUCAUCUCCCCUUUGGUUUGGAUGUAAAGUGUUGAGGCUUACACGUAACAUGCGACUAAUCCCUGGAGACAACAGUCGUGAGAUGUGUGAGCUAGCAUCUUUUACAAGGUGGAUUCUUGAUAUUGGAGAAGGAAAAAUAAAUCCGAGUGAUAGCGAGGAAAGCGAGAUCGAUAUUCCGAGUGAACUAUUGAUUCAUGAUUGUGAGAAUCCGAUUAAAGCUAUUGUUGAUGAAGUUUAUGGACAGGAUUUUCACAAAAAGACUGAUCCUAAGUUCUUUCAGGAUAAGGCUAUUUUGAGUCCAAGGAAUGAGGAACGAACCUAUCUAAGUUGUGAUAGUAUUGAUCCUUCUGAUAGAGAAAUUGAUACGGAUGAUGCAUCUGAAAUUCCCUCUCAGAGUGUUCGCUCAGACAGCAAAAACGAUCCGGGUAAUAUGAUAUAUACAGAAGAGUUUCUAAACAGUGACAAAGUUUCUGCUUUACCCAACCAUUGUUUGCAUUUAAGAGCUGGAUCUCCUGUUAUGUUGCUGAGGAAUAUUGAUCCUAGGAAUGGUUUGUGUAAUGGAACUAGGUUACUUAUUACUCAGAUGGCCAAUUAUGUCCUAGAGGCUAUAAUAAUAACUGGUGACAAAAUAGGAGAGAAAGUUCUUAUUCCUAGGAUAUUUUUAUCUCCGACAGAGACUAAAUUUCCUUUCAGAAUGAGGCGCAAACAGUUUCCAAUUACCCUUGCUUUUGCGAUGACGAUAAACAAGAGUCAGGGUCAGACACUUGCUAAAGUUGGAUUGUAUCUGCCUAAACCAGUCUUUACACAUGGUCAACUGUAUGUUGCUGUUUCGCGGGUAACAUCCAAAUCAGGAAUAAAAAUCUUAAUCACGGACAAAGACAAAAAGCCUCAAAGGAAGACAUUAAACGUUGUAUACAAGGAUGUCUUUGAUAAUAUUUAG